UUUUCUCUUUGGCUGUGUACUCAAAACUCAGGUGUUUGCUGGAUCCUUAGGUGGAGUUUGUUCUCGUGUGCCUUGCUUUGUCAUAUAUUAAGCACCAUUACUAACAGUUCACUAUAACCUGGGUCAUAGCUUGUCCUACAUGCAGGUUUUUAAGGUUCUAGAUGGACUUGAGUUACGUACCUCUGAGAUGAGGGUCCUCCUGGUGAGAAAGAGAGUGCAUGCCCCCAGCAGAGUCUCCCUGGGGACAAAACCCCGUUUCCCUCCCAGAGGUGGGGUUUGAGCAGGUGCUGAUGUCCGUGCAUCUGCUGUGGUCUGGCGGUUGGCAGUGGUCAUCAGCGAUAUCUAAGCAGCAUAAAGCUGGCGGCUCCAGUAUGGCACAUGCGGGAUGGCAAACCCCAGGAGGAAGGUGAAGGCUGGGUCAUGAGCUGCAGUGCACUUGGUUUUGGGGAGCAUAGGGAGAGCGGGAUGCAUUUCAAAUUCCCUUUUGCAUUGACUGAAUUGAGGUAAAGCUGUGAUUUUCAGCUCAUUUCCACCAAGAGAAUCCUUUCAAAUGAAUUCUUGGGGGAGGAGGGAUGAGGUCAGAUGGUAUAUUAAAAGCAGAGCUCAGGCUGACCCAGAAGAGCCAGGCCUCCCUCCCUGUUUGCCUCGCCAGCCCCCUGGCUUCCAUUGAUGGCUCCUGAGGCAUCUGUGCUGAGCCCCCAAGGCCUCCCCAGAGCACUGCAAAAAGCCCCUUAAAAGCUCCCGGGAGGAGCGCAGAAGUGUCUGGGCUGAGAAUAAGCUCGGGCUGAUGUCAGAGCUGGAAGUGGUCCAGCGGCUUCCUGCCCAAGGAAGCUUGUGCACACCUGCCUCAGGACACAGCCUCUGCGCUGGCAUCCUUUGCAAUUGGUCAUAAUGGGCUUCUUGAAAGGGAAGCACUCCAAGUAGAAGACCAGAAGAGGUCGUGUGUGAGAGGAGAGAAGCACCUACCCACCCAUCCAUCUUUCCUCUGCCCUGGGCUCCCCACUCCCUGUUUCCUGCCAAGAUGCAGAUGGUGAUGAUUCCCCCUCAAAAAGCAUGUAUCAGGCAACACUUAUAAAAUCACCAACUAUUAGGUCAGAAGAGACCCGCAGACAGCAGCUUGUCUGCUGAACCCAGAGAGGCACAGUGGCUCGUACCGAGGACACAGUAACUGGGAACAGACUGGCAAGCAUACCGAGGCCGCCUAAUGCCCAGUCCUGAGCUGCCCCCUCUUUUAGGAAACUUUCACUGAGUUCCAUGAAUGUCCUGAACAAAGGAUAAAAUAAGAUGAAAAGGUCCUCAUUUAAAGAAAACCAAAAUUUCUGGCCAACUAUCAACCUUUGCUUUGUUCUUUUCCCAUGAGGAAGCUGUCUUCACUUUCAAGUCCAUCCCCUAUUACUUCUGGAGGACCCUAGACAGCUCUGACAGCUUCUCAGUGGACGUAACAGAAUCGCUCUUACUCCAGGAACCACGUUUCUCUCUUAGCAAGCCAAGGACUUGCUUCUUUCAAGCAGUAGGUUUCAAGUUUACAGAAUUCCAACUUGGCCAAAAGAAUUUACAAAGCACAUUUGAGUGGAUGGCAGCCCAAAUCUGGCCUCUAACCCGUUCUGAUUACAGCCUGCCUUCUCGCUGUGAACAAAUCUACGCCUUCCAAGUGGAAUGCUGUUGGAAGCUUGGAGUGAUUCCAUCGUGAAGGCCACUUGUCCCAUGGAACACAAGCUAAUUAAUGAACUCCCCGAUAUCACGGAAAGCUCAAAGGUACGGAUAAUCAGAUAAUAAAGAUCAUGCAACCCUGGACACCUCAACCAAAUUAGAUGUUGGAAGAGGCAGAGAAGAGCUGACCCAAAGGUUCCUCGUAUCAUUUUAUGGGUCUAGAGCUUGUUCACAAAAAUUAGGCUGCUUCUGUCAUUUAUUACAGUGUGUUUGUUUAAAAUCAUCUACUGGCAAGAUGCCUACAAGUAAUGUGGUUCGUGUUGGCAGUGAACUGAUUUUUUUUUAAGGGGAAAAGCAUUUUCAUUUGAGUAAAGGCUUACUAUAGAAGAAGCUGGAAAUGAAAGGUGGAUAUCAAAGCCUGCAGGAUAAACCGCCCCAUGGCUUAUAAUUUUUUUAAGAAUUUGUUUUUAAUUCUUAUCCAAGUAAUACAUGUGCAUAGUUUAAAUAAACAAAUUCUAUGAGGGUUUUAAUGAAAACUUAGUCUCCUAAGUCUUGCUCUAUAUAGUCUUACUUCCAGCUCUUACAACUGUUUCUUCUGGUAUUUAGCUUUGCAUUUCAACAUGCUUACAACUCUUUUUAACAGAAACAUCUGCUGAUUUGCUCUUAUGGGAGGUGUGGCUCCUGCUCUGACCCACACUCCAUUUUAUUUUUGUAGUAUAGUUAGAUCACAGUGUUCAGUACCUCUGUAUUCAGUGUGGGUACAUAAGGACUCUUCACUCCUGAGCCAAGCAGUGCACUGUGCUUACAUGUUAGGUUUUCCUGCUUGAUUUAUUUUAUUUAUGUAUUUUUGAGGGUGUGGAACAUUCUUCAAUAACUUUCUAAGAAAAGGAACAUGGAAAGUAUAUAUUAUUGUAAGUAAUUUGAGAUUUUGCUAAACUUAAAAUAUCUAUCUUCUGCACUUACUCAAGUGUAACUGGGUAAUAGGACUGAAGGUGAAAAGUAAUUCUCUCUUACCACCUCCUAAAGUUGUUGAGAUUUCUGAGACCAUUCUGAUUCCCAAGUCUUUAGAUGUGAUUUGGAUUUCUACCCACUCCUGGGAAACAUUAAGAUCCUUUUAUUCGUAAUGGUCUCAACUGUCCUAGUGAUGGUACACCCUCCAUUGGUAUUCCUCAUGCUGGGUUCUCAUGAGAAAUUUCUGAAGUUUUCUUGUAAUGGUUCACAUUCUUUCUUUGUUGACCACCUAUUGUUCCAAUGUUGGACCUCCCAGGCUAAUCCUCUAAUAUUUUUUAUCUUUUCAAUUUCUAGUCUCUUCAUUUUUUGGAUCUGCUUUCAGGGAGAGUUAUUCAGCUUUAUCUUCUCAAUAGACUUCAUGAAUGUUUUAAUUUUUAAUUUCCAAAAUAUCUUGUUACUCUCUUGUUUCUGUUUGAUAGUGUCCUGUUCUUACCUCGUGGAUGCAGGUCUAUGGGUGCAGGUCACGGAUUACCUCGUUAAGGGUGUUCAUGGCAGGUGUUUCUGGGAAGGUCCUUUCUGCUCCCUGUUUUGCCUUUGUUUCCCCCAAGUUCUUUCUCUCUUGGUUAGUGUCGGUCUCUUUCAUGUCACAAGCUUUCUUCAGAUAUCUGGUGAUCCUGUGGAGCUGUUCUUUUUAAGAGCAUUAAAAUAGAUUGAAAGCUUUGUGUAUCAAUUGGUGGGCUUUUCUGUAGGGUCACAGGUGGGCACUUGGACUCUUCAUGGAAGGACCCCACGUAUCAAUAUUUGCCAGUCUUUUCUCUGGGGCUUAUUUCAUUCCUUUAGAGAUACUUCCAAUCUUCUCCUUCCUGGGAAAGAGAGACAUAUUCAGGGCUACUUGCCUAGGCAGUGCCCUUGUACAGUUUCAAAAUAGGCAUUCCCUCUGGGUAGAUGACUUAGAAAGAGGUGCCCCCACUAGACAGAAGCCAUCCAUGGGCACUUGGCAUCGCUAGCAGAAGGCAUCAUUUGCCCCUUUCUCCAGGAAGAUGCAGCCUUGAGCCAGUACAAGGCUUGGGGAACAAAGCAAGGGCUAGAUUUUAACUCCCAGUAGUCCCCUUAGCCAUGCAUCUUUGUGCAGUACACAGACCAUACGGCUGUACACAGAGAUCCUGGCAACACCUGAGUGCCUGUGUGCUGACCUCUGAGCAGGUGGUCUCAUCACAGUCAGUAUUUAGACUCAUUGAAUUGCCCCCACCUCAUUAUGCUUGUCCCUGGGUGGGAGCCUCUCUCCUUUCCCCAUGGAGCAAGACUGCUACUUCUGCCUGCUCGGUGGCCUGCCUCUGCGGAUGCAUGGUAUCAGGAUUCCUCUGCCAUGCUCUCUUCCCCAGUAGCUCUGCCCCUGUCAGAAACGGGUCCACAUCUCUUGCCUACUGCCAUCUCUUCUCUGCUUAUCUUCUUGAUUGCAUAACUUCCAUUCCUUUGCUCUCAUUUCCAUGCAGUUUCAUGAGGGAAGAAAUGAGCCCAUAUAUUCAAUACCCCAUCUUGAACCGCAAGUCCCAGUUGAGCCUUCUCACCAUUGUGUUUGGUUCACUGCCCUGUUGCCUUGUUUGUGAACUUGCCCUGCGUCCAGCUGGGGCAAUGUCCAUCCUGCCAGGCUGCGGCCUGUUGAGUGCCUUCGUAAAUGCUGUGCCAGGUGAAGGGAGAGGGUUAAAUGGCAUGCAGCUCUGCUUGAAUGCCUCAAUUAAAAAACAGAUUCUCUGUCCCACCCCCCUUAGCACCCCCUGUCCCCCGAAACUGAAAUCUCCUGCCUCCCUACAGGCUUCAGUCUCUAGAGUCAUACAGUUUCUGGGUUUCCUUUGCUGCUCUCACUUUGUUCUGGAAGCAAGCAGUCCACCCUGGGAUUUUCCAGCAAACAAACAGGGUGCUCUGUUGGUUGGCUGUUGGGAACUUAGCAAGCAUUUCCUUCUGGCCAAACCUGGCCUGGGGAGAUGGGCUCCCACCAAACUUGGAACUAGGGAGGACACCUAGUUGCACACUGCCCAGGACAGCCAAGACACGUGCUGCUCCCUUACUGAAGGACAACGUAAUUCCCCAGCCCUCUUCCCCAUGCAGUGCUCACCCGGUUCUGAUAAGGGUAGAACAUCUUAGAAGGCAGAGAAGCAUUUGGAAGCUGCCUGUGCAGUCAAUUUUCCUAAGUCGUAGAUUAUCCGAUAGCCUUAGGCAUCUUGUAAGGGCCUUGUCUGAGAAAUGAGAGCAGCGAAGAUCAGGAAGGCGAAGUGGCGAGUCACACUGCUAGUUAGUGACCUCAGCAUGGACAAUUUGAUUCCCAGUUACGCGUGCUACAAAACUAGUCUCCAGCCACUGAGGCUGAGCUGCACCUCCCUUCUUGCCAAGGACUCAGAACAUCAUGGAGCUAAUGUCUCAACCACGAGUCAGAGUAAACAAGUAAAGAAUGGAGCUCACCGCGCACCAGGAUUCAUCGCAGCCUCUUUGGCAAGAACUGUUCUCUUCCCACGGCUUUGUCACUGCAGGGCAGUCGUGGGACAUGAACUCUUUCACACAAGCUCAGUUUUUCUCCAGUCUUCGGAAGGACUCCAGAAGGCCCGCUGGAGUUUUGAGACCCGGUCUCCCCCUCCUUCCUUGGAGGCCUCCCUCAGAGACCUCUGCCGAGUAGCCCGCCUGGGCUCAGCUCCACGUCCAGCAGUCCCCGAGGUGGGCUGAGUCGGAGUGUCCAGCCAGCGUGGCUCCCCAACCUUUUAGUGAUGCUCUUGCCGGGAAACGAAUGCAUAAAGCUCUUCAGGCCCAGAUGGGUCCUUUCUCUUCGCCCAGCACUGCGUAAUCUCCAUGGAAAUUACCUUUGGGGAAGAUUUAAUGUCUUGGGACUGCAGCUGCCAUCUGGGGCUCCCGCUGAGGAGAAGGCUGUUCCACUGGCCCGUCCUCGUGGUGAGUGGGGCUGCUCUAAUGACAAGCUCCUGGACCUGGGGUGAGUGGCUGAAGUCUGAGGGCCAGCCUGAGUGUGAGAGCAUGCUUGUUUGCUGACAGUUACUGUGGCAUUUACCUUAAUAGUUAGCCAGUGUGAGGGAGCCAGGAAUGGGAUGUCACUUCUUUGCUGGACGUUGAGCUGCACUGAUCUUUCCAACUCUGCCUCUCAUCAGGCGUUUCCUUGAGGAAAGGCAGCACUCAGGAGCCUGGUGCACGACAUGCCGCAGACCGUUCACUCCCGUGGCGUGCAGACACUUGUCUUCAGGUUCCACGUGAGCAUUCAGCUUUCCUUGCUCUGGUUUUUAAGAGUGACACAGUGACCUUCAGGCCCUGUCACCUCAGUGCUGUGCGUGGGACCAGGCUUGGGAUGAGUUUGGUGGAGUUACUGGGCAAAGGCCUAGAGGCACCGAACUCCUGCUUCUCCAAGAGUUGGCAGAGGUCAUCAGAGUCCAGAGCUGCUCUGACCAUCCCAGAAUUGCCAGACCCUGCAGAAUGGGGAAGACCAACUUCUUUGUGUUUAUAAUUUGCUCUGAGAACCUUGAUGAAAACACAUGCGGCAAGCAGUUCUUCCCAGCCCAGGGCCAUAGGGUCAACAAGCCAGAAAACACUCCUCUUUAGGGGAAAAAGACAACCAGUAUUUUGUGCUAUGUGAUGACAUUUUUAAAUACACAUGCAACUCAGUAUGUGGCCCUGAUCCCACCGCUAACUCUUAAAAUCCCUGACAGUCAGAUGUCAAGUCUAGUUUUCAUCUAGCAGGCAUCUCUAACUGAAAUCAUUUGUUUUUAAAUCCCUCCCUCCUUCCUUCUCUGGGAGGUAAUAUGGAAUAGAGAGGAGGACAGGUGUAGGAACCAGCCAGAUCUAGAUUUGAGCCCUAGCUCUGCCACCACAUAUCUGGGUGAUCUUGGGCAAAUCAGUGUCUCUGAGUGUCUUCUGUGCACACUAGAUACUCAACACAGAUUUGUUGAAUGAAUAAUUCUUCCUUGCAAGUUUGUUAUGAAGUUGCAAAAUGCUCAGUAGCUCCUCGUGCUGCGGUUGCUUCCUCUCCAAGCUUUAAAUCUAUCUCCAUUAACCACAGCAUCUUCCAACCUCUCUUCAUUCCACCUUCAUCUUGGCAGCUGCUCCAUCCCCGAUCUAAUUCAGGCCUUUUACAAGAGGAAGUGGAAGCCAUUGUGUACCCAUUACUCAUUGGAGUUCUACAACAAUCAUAAGAGGUGGUUAUUUCAGAGAGGAAAUUAAACCUAGGCAGGAAAACUAGCAAGGUUGACUAUUGUCAAAGCUGACUUCCAUCCUAGACUUCACUACUCAGAAAGGAGGGCUGUGCUAGUGGGAGUCUGAUUCUUGGUCGCCGUGGCACAUUUAGCAAGUUGGCAAGGGUGGAACUUCUGAGUUGGAAGCUGAUGAGGUUUAUUGGUCAUACUGCAACCCCCCCCCCCACUUUGUUCUCCUUCCCACGAUUCUGCAUACUUUGACUCCCAAUCCCCCAUCAAAACUGCUUAAAUAGCCUCAUACUUGCAUAAAAAUGACUGAGCUUGCCCCCAAAUGAUGUUUUAGCCUAUGACUGCAAAUUUACAACCAAACGACUGCCUCUAAAGGGCCUUCCGCAGUAAAAUCGCAGUGUCUAACUUUGACGACUUCUGUGACUUCAAUUAAUUCUAAAUCCUGCCCCCAGCUAGUCACCUCUCCACCUCCAACACAUGGUUUUCAGAGUAGAAAAUUAGGUUUUCUCCUUCAGAAAACAAAUCCAUUUCAUUGUGUUGGGCAGAGCAUAAUUAAAAUGGGGAGUGAGAACAUGGAUUACUUGGAUGAUGUCAUAAUUGGUUGGUCUAAAAUAGGCAUUAUUUUUUCUGUGUUUUAAGUGUAAACGUGAUUUUCUUCAUUGUUGCCAAAAACAAACAGGGAAAAAGAAUCUUUUGAUAGGUUUAUCCCCUUUGCAACAUUUUACCACUUCUUUUAGCCCCACCAAAAGUCAAUAGAGCAUAUUCUCUGCAAGUCUGUGCUAUGAAAAAGGACAGUCACAAAAAUGCCUGUAUUCCUACAUGUCACGCAGGAUUUUAACUCUUUUUUUAAGGGAAACUCUGGAAGUGUUCUAACCUAAAGAGCUGAUGUUAUUUCAAAGGACAGCACUGGCCUGGGCAUCGGGAACCCUCAUCCUCGCUCUGGGUCACCUACUGUGACAUUCAAUAAUUCAUUUACCUGUCUGGGUGGGAAUUUGGAAGACCUUUUUAAAAAAAAAUCUUUCCUUGGUUUAAAAAUCCAAAGGAUAGAAAGUUAGAUUUUUUUUUUUAAUCUCAAUAAGUGGCCUGUUUGCUUAACAUAAAUGCAGCUUUGUAUUUAUAAGUGGAAUCCAAAGCUUAAAGCAUUGCUUCUGGCUUUAGUAUCUGAGAAAGGCGCCUUUGGAAAGGGUCUGGAACAACAAAAGGGACUGUGUGAAAGGGGUGGGGGUGAACAUCUGAACUAGCACCUGGGAGAUCUGCUUCGCAGGGCUGGAAGAACUAAAUUGGACCCCUUAAAUUAAGUCAGCCUCUGAGGCAGUAUCCCAGGGAAAUUUCUUUCAAAUUCAAAGGCUCAGCUGCAGGAAUAAAUAGCUCUCAACUGGACCUUUCUGUCCAUCUCACCUUUUUUCCCUUCCCCCAGCAGACUCCAAAUAAAUCAGUACAGAAAUCCCUGUGGGAAUGAGGGCAUGCUUGCAUUCUAACAUUGGAUUCCUUAAGCCAAAGGCUGGUACAUAUGUAUAAAAAGCCCCUGGGUGGGCCUGGUACCUGAGGGAGGUACUGUGAAGAAGAGGCCUGCCCUUUGCCCUUGAACUUGCACCAUAAGAUAACUCCUGCAUCACUUGCAUCGGUGCUGUAAGAUCAGCCAAAGACAAAUAGUCAAAGUGGAAAAACGGUUGCUCCCUUCCAUACAUCAUCAGGACAAAUUACUAAACUGGAGUUUGUUCAGAGCAUAUUGUAUUGGAUGGCGAUAGGUGUUUAUUUUUCCAAGGUCUGUAAUAUUUAACAGAUUUAAUGCUACAAUUUCUCAAUGUCAUGGCAGGAUUCAGUGGACAAUGUCUGAAAAUUUUUACUGGGAGCUCCUAAGAGAACUAUUAAAAAAAGAAAAGGUGAAAUGUUAUUUUGUAGUACAAGGAUAAUUUUGUCUAUUUAGUAUAUUCAUAGCGGUAGCUUUGUAAAAAGGGAUCUUUGUAAAAACAAAUGGUGUGAAUGUGCACUCUUAUUUAUUGAUUAUUGUAAAUGAAGAUAUAAAUGACUUUACAUAAUUUAUACCUGUGGGAAAUUAACUAGAAUAUUUGUUAUUUGACUGUUUUCUAUUAAGGAAUAUUAGGCUUGGUGCUAUGAUGAGUGGUCUUGUAAAAUUACAUGUAUUCUUCAGAACAUUUUUGAUGAUAAAUUUCAUGAACUGAC